ACCUGUGACAGUCUGUCUGUUGUUUCACUCGUGGCCUCUCUCCCACCUCUUUCUUUCUCUACAUCUUCCCCAUCUCUCCCACCUCUCAUAGAUCCCAUCAAUGGCUUCCCUCGUCGAAUCCGGUUGGCAGUACCUUGUGACACAUUUUAGCGACUUUCAACUGGCGUGCAUUGGGAGUUUUCUCCUCCAUGAAAGCGUCUUUUUCUUAUCUGGCCUCCCUUUCAUCUAUCUAGAAAGGGCAGGCUUUCUCAGCAAGUACAAAAUUCAGACAAAAAAUAACACACCUGCAGCCCAAGGAAAAUGUAUUACUCGCCUCUUGCUUUAUCAUUUCUGCGUAAACUUGCCCCUGAUGAUGGCCUCCUAUCCUGUCUUCAGAGCCAUGGGAAUGCGAAGCAGUUUUCCUCUGCCGUCCUGGAAAGAAGUGUCUGCCCAGAUAUUAUUCUACUUCAUCAUUGAGGAUUUUGUUUUCUAUUGGGGUCACCGGAUCUUGCAUUCAAAAUGGCUGUACAAGAACGUGCACAGUGUGCAUCAUGAAUACGCCACACCAUUUGGUUUGACAUCGGAAUAUGCUCACCCUGCUGAGAUUCUAUUCCUGGGUUUUGCUACCAUAGUUGGUCCAGCUCUCACCGGUCCCCACCUGAUUACCCUCUGGUUAUGGAUGGUACUGAGAGUGCUUGAAACAGUUGAAGCACAUUGUGGUUAUCAUUUCCCAUGGAGCCUCUCGAAUUUUUUUCCUCUGUAUGGAGGUGCUGACUUCCAUGACUACCAUCACCGCCUCCUCUACACAAAGUCUGGCAACUACUCUUCAACUUUUGUGUAUAUGGACUGGAUCUUUGGUACUGACAAGGGCUACAGAAGAUUGAAGACCCUUAAAGAAAACGGUGACAUGAAACAAACGUGAAAUGGCCAGUUUGGAUUGCAGAGUACAUUUGUCGCUGGAAAUGUGGGUUUGCGAGGUCAGUUUGCAUCUCCGGAGAGGUCUUUAUUCUGCAACCUCUGCUUUUGUCGUCCAUUUUGCUUCUGUGUUGCUGCAGCAUUUCUGUGUCUUAGUUUAAUAUGUGUGACUAGAAUUGUUACAAAUGUGGCAUCCUUGAAAACAUUUGUUUCUUUAAAUCUCAAAGCAGUUAAUAUUAGUAUGUGUUUGGGUUGAGCAAUUGAAGCAUA